AUGGCGGCUGGGCCUAACAGCGAGAGGACUGGUGUCUCUGAGGGGCGCGAGGGAGUGCUGCCUGGCCUGAAGAACUGGCCCCCAAAGGGCAUCACUGAGAGCGGCAACCCAAAGCCCGAAGACGACCCCCUCAACCAGGCAGCAGAGCAGGGCAAUGUCCAGGGCUACAAGCGUGUGGACGGACCCUCUGACGAGGAAGUUGCAGAGAAGAAGAAGAAGCAGCGCGAGGAGUCACCCUUCAGCAACCCCAACCGCCCUGGCGGCACCCAGAUUGGCGGCGGUGGCGAAGGAUCUGCUUCAUAA